AUGUCGCUAGCUCAGUCCGCCGCCAUCUAUUGCUACGCGGGGCUCAUUCUCCUCGGCGCCUUCUCGCGCUUUACCCAUGGCACCUACACACCCCAAUACUACGCCUUCCAAGUAGCCCGCGCCCCAGACGAUGGCUCGACAGGUUCGCGUAUCAUACCAGUAAUCGACCUUGUCGUCGGCCUGACGCUAUUACUGAGCUCGGGGAGAUUGCGGAUCUCGGUAGCGAUUUUCAGCAGCGCGUGCUGUUUUAUUGGGUUGUUCAUGCGUAUUCGGGAGGGGAAGGGUUUCUAUAAUGAUACUGCUUUGCUUAGUUUGUCGGUUUAUACGACAACAUCGCUGAUCAGGGCUAGGAGGGCUUGA